CUAGAAGCCCGGAGCAUGCGCACAACAGGCUUCUUCGCGCGUCGCGCCGAGGAAGUUCGUCCCCAGCCGGCGCCCGUCGGGGAGUUGCCAAGGAACGGCGCACGGACGCCGAGACGGGGCCCGGCGGUCACCAUGGCGGCCACGGCGGACUCGCUGUGGGAGGACAGGGACGUCCGCUUCGACAUCACCUCUCAGCAAAUGAAAAUGAGACCAGGAGAAGUUCUCAUUGACUGUUUGGAUCCUAUUGAAGAUACCAAAGGAAACAAUGGAGAGAAAGGCAGACUUUUGGUAACAAACUUGAGAAUUAUUUGGCACUCCAUUGUAUUGCCUAGAGUCAACCUCUCUGUUGGCUAUAAUUGUUUUGUAAGCACAACAACAAGAACUGCUAACUCGAAAUUAAGAGGCCAGACAGAAGCACUUUAUAUAUUAACCAAAUGUAACAAUACACGUUUUGAAUUCAUAUUUACAAAUGUGGUUCCUGGAAGCCCAAGACUUUUUGCCUCUGUUAUUGCUGUACACAGAGCUUAUGAAACUUCAAAAAUGUACCGUGAGCUUAAGCUGAGAUGUGCAUUAAUUCAAAACAAGCAGUUGAGAUUGUUACCCAAAGAACAAGUAUAUGACAAAAUAAAUGGUGUCUGGAAUUUAUCUAGUGAUCAGGGUAAUCUGGGUACCUUUUUUGUUACAAAUGUAAGAGUAGUUUGGCAUGCUAAUAUGAAUGACAGCUUUAAUGUCAGUAUCCCAUAUCUACAAAUUCGUUCAGUAAAGAUCAGAGACUCAAAAUUUGGCUUGGCACUUGUCAUUGAGAGUUCUCAGGCGACUGGUGGUUAUGUGCUUGGAUUUAAGAUUGACCCAGUGGAAAAACUAGAGGGAACAGCGAAAGAAAUAAAAUCAUUGCAUCAAGUCUUUUCAGUUAAUCCUAUAUUUGGUGUAGAUUACGAAAUGGAAGAAAAGCCUCAGCAGCUAGAAGAUCUGACUGUGGAACAAAUACAGGAUGAUGUAGAGAUUGAGGCAGAUGAGCAGACAGAUGCUUUUGUGGCUUAUUUUGCUGAUGGAAAUAAGCAACAGGACCGUGAGCCUGUUUUUUCUGAAGAGUUGGGGCUUGCCAUAGAAAAACUAAAGGAUGGCUUCACACUGCAAGGACUCUGGGAAGUAAUGGGUUGAUAUUAUUUUAAAGCAACAUUAAAUUAAUCUGUUUAGUCUCUAAAAGUCAUGUAUUGAAAAAGCUACAGCUCCCUGUUUUCUAGCGGUUAUAUUUACAAGAAAACUAUUACAAGAAGGAAGAAAUAAUGAUGUACAGUGUAUAGUUGUCAUGUUAUAAUAAAAAUAUUUGAUUAUAUAUUCAUGGAAUGUACAGUUUUGUAAAAGUAUACAGUGCUUUCAGUGGUUACAUUUAAAAUUAUUUAAAAAUAUUUGAUUAUUUAGAAUAUGUGUUGGUCUCAUAUGAGUGUAAAUAAAAAUAUUUUUAAGGAAAUAA